AAACCCUCGCCAUGUUGUACGGGGAUGGCAGCUCCUCGUUCAGCUGUCACAACACAAAUCACAUUGAAAAGCAAAGUUACGAAAACUUGAGAAAUUUUAGCAAACUUACCACAAAACUAAGCCGAGUUUGAUCAGCAAAUCGUCCAGUGAGUCUAUCCCACAGCCAUGGGAAACACGGUGUCUGCAGCUGAAAAGGUUGCCUCGAACAUAGUGCCCAGCACCUUGACAAAGGGUGAAGAUGCGGCACUACCGAAGGGACAUCCACCGCUAGGCGAUAAAGCAGCCAUGUCCGGUAAUCCUCCGCCCGAAUGCCCGAUGCACCAAAAACAGCAACCCAAAGAACAACCAGUGCUCGUAUCCGAAUGCCCGAUUAAGCACGAUGGAGCAGAAGUGAACCCGCUGAACAUGAUGCCACCGGCAAAUCAAAAUCCCGCCCCGGGCCAACCGUUCCCACUGCCUACCGAGCGCCAGGUGUCGUCGAUUCCGAAAGCGACCACCGACGGUAAGCAAGAGUUUUGGGUGUACCCAAGCCAGCAGAUGUUCUGGAAUGCGAUGCUGCGCAAGGGCUGGCGCUGGGAGAAGGACGAUAUAGCUCAGAAAGACAUGGACGAUAUUAUAAAGAUACACAACGCCAACAAUGAGCAGGCCUGGCAGGAGGUACUUAAGUGGGAAGCGCUGCACGCCCGCGAAUGUGGCAAUCCGCGGCUGAAGAGCUUCGGCGGUAAGGCAACCGAUUACAGCCCGCGGGCUAAGAUUCGCAACAUGAUGGGAUACGAGCUGCCAUUCGACCGACACGACUGGAUCAUCGAUCGCUGUGGCAAGGAUGUGCGCUACAUCAUUGACUACUACGACGGUGGCAUGGUGGACGAGAAGUACAAAUUUGCCCUGCUGGAUGUGAGGCCCGCGAUGGAUUCGUUCGACAACGUGUGGGAUCGCAUGAAGGUGGCCUACAUGCGAUGGAAGUUCGAGCUGGAGGACAAACUGAAGGAGCUGACAAACUAAGCGAACUGGAUCGCUGGCGCUAUAAGAAUUGUUUAGAAUGUACGACAGCUUCUUUGAGACACGUUUCGCGCGACUUAGGAUCAGAAAGUACCACGGUUGACGAAGGAGUACAAUUAAAUUAUCUAGACUUACUGCACUCAACAAUAACGAAAAAGUACCCUAUGUUUGCAAUACUUGCGUAGAGAAUGUAACAAGUUCUCGGAAUAAAUUCUAGGCCUCGUCUUUUACCCACCUUAAA